GCCUGCGCGCGAGCCGAGGAGCGGCGCGCGGGCGGCCCGAGCCUCGGCGGCAGCGGCGGCAACGGCGGCGGCGCUGACACCUCCCACCAUGGACAGCUUCGACUUAGCCUUGCUCCAGGAAUGGGACCUCGAGUCGCUGUGUGUCUAUGAACCAGAUAGAAAUGUGCUACGGAGGAAAGAGCGAGAAAGAAGAAAUCAGGAAACUCAGCAGGAUGAUGGCACAUUUAAUUCGAGUUACUCCCUCUUCAGUGAACCCUACAAGACGAACAAGGGGGAUGAGCUCUCCAACCGGAUCCAGAAUACUUUAGGCAAUUACGAUGAAAUGAAAGACUUUUUAACUGAUAGGUCUAAUCAGAGUCAUCUCGUUGGCGUUCCCAAACCUGGGGUUCCUCAGGCUCCUGUGAACAAGAUCGAUGAACAUUUUGUUGCAGAUUCAAGAGCCCAGACCCAGCCCUCGUCUGUCUGUAGCACUGCUUCUUCCACACCAGCCACUGUCCCCGCACAGCAGAGUAAGAGGGGCACCAUGGGCUGGCAGAAGCCUGGGCACCCGCCAUCGGAUGGCCAACAGAGAGCAACACAACAAGGCUCUCUCAGGACCUUGCUUGGAGAUGGUGUUGGCAGACAGCAGCCACGAGCCAAACAAGUGUGCAAUGUAGAGGUGGGUCUUCAGACCCAGGAAAGGCCACCUGCUAUGGCAGCCAAGCACAGCGGCAGCGGACACUGUGUUCAGAACUUUCCUCCAUCCCUGGCUUCAAAACCCAGCCUGGUCCAGCAGAAACCAACUGCAUACGUGCGGCCGAUGGACGGCCAAGAUCAGGCUCCUGAUGAGUCUCCAAAGCUUAAGUCAUCCACAGAAACCAGUGUGCACUGCACAUCAUACAGGGGAGUCCCGACCACCAAGCCAGAGUCCGCCAGAGCCAAGGCCAAGCUUUCCAAGUUCAGCAUCCCCAAACAAGGAGAGGAGAGUAGAUCUGGAGACACAAACAGCUGUGUUGAAGAAAUAAUUCGGGAGAUGACCUGGCUUCCACCACUUUCUGCUAUUCCAGCACCUGGCAAAGUGGAACCAAGCAAAUUUCCAUUUCCAAAUAAGGACUCUCAGCUUGUUUCCUCCGGACACAGUAAUCCAAAGAAAGGUGAUGCUGAGCCAGAGAGUCCAGACAAUGGCACAUCGAAUACCUCAAUGCUAGAAGAUGACCUUAAGCUAAGUAGUGAUGAAGAGGAGAAUGAGCAGCAGGCAGCCCAGAGAACUGUUCUCCACGCUCUGUCUGACAGCGCCGUGGUCCAGCAGGCCAACUGCAGAGCCUCCGUGCCUUCCAGCAAGGGCAGCGGCAGCAGCAGCAGCGGGAGCGGCAGCAGCUCGUCCAGUGACUCAGAGAGCAGCUCUGGCUCCGACUCCGAGACGGAGAGCAGCUCCAGCGAGAGUGAGGGCAGCAAGCCUCCCCACUACUCCAGCCCCGAGGCUGAACCAGCAUCCUCUAACAAGUGGCAGCUGGAUAAAUGGCUAAACAAAGUUAAUCCCCACAAGCCGCCUAUUCUGAUCCAAAAUGAAAGCCACGGGCCAGAGAGCAAUCAAUACUACACUCCAGCGAAAGAGGAAGUGCAGGACUGUGGGAAACUUCCCGACGUUUGCCAAACCAGCCUGAGAGAGAAGGACAUCAAGAGCGCCUGCAAGGAGGAGCAGAGGCCAAGGACAGCGAACAAGGCCCCGGGGAGUAAAGGAGUGAAGCAGAAGUCCCCGCCCGCGGCCGUGGCCGUGGCCGUGACUACCGCUGCCCAGCCGCCCGCCGUGCCGGGCGCGCCCGCCGAGAGCGCGCCCGCGCCCGCCCGGAGGUCUGCGGGAAAGAAGCCCACCAGGCGCACCGAGAGGACCUCCGCCGGGGACAGCACCAACUGCCACCGGCCCGAGGAGCCCGCGGCCGCCGACUCUCUGGGGGCGAGCGUGGUGAUCCCUCCGGAGCCCACCAAAACCAGGCCCUGUGGCAACAGCAGAACGAGCCACCGCAAGGAGCUGCGUUCCUCGGUGACCUGCGAGAAGCGCCGCACGCGCGGGCUGAGCAGGAUCGUCCCCAAAUCCAAGGAGUUCAUAGAGACCGAGUCGUCAUCUUCCUCCUCCUCCUCGGACUCGGACCUGGAGUCUGAGCAGGAGGAGUAUCCUCUGUGCAAAGCCCAGGCUGUGGCCGCCGCCGCCGCCGCCUCCUCGGGGAGUGACCAGAGGCUGAAAGAGGCGGCCAGCAGCAUCAGCAGUGGCGGCGGCCCUAGGGCCCCUGUAGGCUCCAUCAACGCCAGGACCACCAGUGACAUUGCCAAGGAGCUGGAGGAACAGUUCUACACGCUGGUCCCUUUCGGCCGCAACGAACUUCUCUCCCCCUUGAAGGACAGUGAUGAGGUCAGGUCUCUCUGGGUCAAAAUUGACCUGACCCUCCUGUCCAGGAUCCCAGAACACCUGCCCCAGGAGCCCGGGGUCUUGAAUGCCCCUGCAGCCAAGGACACGGAGAGCACACAGCCAAGCCAUCCAUCUGACACUCCUGCCGAAAAGGCUUUGCCAAAAUCCAAGAGGAAACGCAAGUGUGACAACGAAGACGACUACAGGGAGGUCAAGAAGGCCCAGGGAGAGAAAGAGAGCUCUUCACGACUGACCACCUCUGCCAAUAAUACUUUAUCUGCAAACCACUGCAGCAUGAACAUCAACAGCUUGGCAAUACCAAUAAAUAAAAAUGAAAAAAUGCUCCGGUCACCCAUCUCACCCCUAUCGGAUGCAUCUAAACACAAAUACUCCAGCGAGGACUUAACUUCUUCCAGCAGAUCGAAUGGCAGUGGCUCGUUCACUUCUGCAUCCUCCAACAAAAAGCAUAAGGCUGAGAACCAGCUGCAGUCUCAUGCCGGAGACCUCACGAAAGCCGCUCACAACAAUUCCGAAAACAUUCUCCACAAGUCACGGCCACAGACAGAGCCAUGGUCUCCCGGUGCCAACGGCCACAGGGACUGCAAGAGGCAGAAACUUGUCUUCGAUGAUAUGCCACGCAGUGCAGAUUAUUUUAUGCAAGAAGCUAAACGGAUGAAGCAUAAAGCAGAUGCAAUGGUGGAAAAGUUUGGAAAGGCUUUGAACUAUGCUGAAGCAGCUUUGUCAUUUAUUGAGUGUGGAAACGCAAUGGAACAAGGCCCAAUGGAAUCAAAAUCUCCUUAUACGAUGUAUUCGGAAACAGUAGAGCUCAUCAGGUAUGCUAUGAGACUAAAAACCCAUUCAGGCCCCAAUGCCACACCAGAAGACAAACAAUUGGCUGCAUUAUGUUACCGCUGCCUGGCUCUCCUGUACUGGCGGAUGUUUCGACUCAAAAGGGACCACGCUGUGAAGUAUUCAAAAGCACUUAUCGACUAUUUCAAGAAUUCAUCUAAAGCUGCCCAAGCCCCAUCUCCAUGGGGAGCCAGUGGAAAGAGCACUGGAACCCCAUCCCCCAUGUCUCCCAACCCCUCCCCAACCAGCUCCGUGGGAUCUCAGGGGAGCCUCUCCAAUACCAAUGCCCUGUCCCCUUCAACCAUCGUCAGCAUCCCACAGCGCAUCCACCAGAUGGCAGCCAAUCACGUCAGCAUCACCAACAGCAUUCUCCACAGCUAUGACUACUGGGAGAUGGCAGACAACCUGGCCAAGGAAAACAGAGAAUUCUUCAACGACCUGGAUUUGCUCAUGGGGCCUGUCACCCUGCACAGCAGCAUGGAGCAUCUGGUCCAGUACUCCCAGCAGGGCCUGCACUGGUUGCGGAACAGCACCCACCUGUCAUAGGGACCUUGCCCGUGAGCUGGAUUGUGCUCUCGUCUCCACGGAUGGCUCAAUGUUUCUGGACACUGUGCUACUGAAGUCCCCGGCCACAGCAUUUCCCAAACUGCGGUGAAUAUUUCCUCAGCAUCGAACAAUGGUCUUUUCCCAGGGCAUGUGUGUUUGUAUGUGUGUGUGGGUGUUAAAGAACCUGCCUGUAUGUGUGUAAGAUACACGGCUCUUUAGAACACAUUUUCUUUGUCUAGUUUCAUAAUCCCAAGCUAGACAAAGUGAUCAGAGGUUUCUGGUUAGAGAAUAUACACUUACACACACACACACACACACAC